UGAGAGUCUAGUGAGUGUGCACCCGUGGUGGGGAAGGUGCAAAGCCCGCACGCUGAGGCCCAGUAGAAUAAAGUUGCAUCUUGGUUGUGGAGACUACAGCUUCUCCGGUCCCUCGGCCAUGACAGCUUCCGGGAGUGGUAUGGCCCAGAAGACCUGGGAAUUGGCCAACAACAUGCAGGAAGCGCAGAGUAUCGAUGAAAUCUACAAAUAUGACAAAAAACAACAACAAGAAAUCCUGGCGGCGAAACCCUGGACUAAGGAUCACCACUACUUUAAAUACUGCAAAAUCUCUGCGUUGGCACUGCUGAAAAUGGUGAUGCAUGCCAGGUCAGGAGGCAACCUGGAGGUGAUGGGUUUGAUGCUCGGGAAAGUGGAUGGAGAGACCAUGAUCAUCAUGGACAGCUUUGCUUUGCCUGUAGAGGGCACUGAAACCCGAGUAAAUGCCCAGGCUGCUGCAUACGAGUACAUGGCUGCAUACAUAGAAAAUGCCAAACAGGUUGGCCGCCUUGAGAAUGCAAUUGGUUGGUAUCACAGCCACCCUGGUUAUGGCUGCUGGCUCUCCGGAAUUGAUGUUAGUACACAGAUGCUUAACCAGCAGUUUCAGGAACCAUUUGUAGCAGUGGUGAUUGACCCAACCAGAACAAUAUCUGCAGGGAAGGUGAAUCUUGGCGCCUUUAGGACAUAUCCAAAGGGCUAUAAGCCUCCUGAUGAAGGACCUUCAGAGUACCAGACUAUCCCACUCAAUAAAAUAGAAGAUUUUGGCGUGCACUGCAAACAAUAUUAUGCCUUAGAAGUCUCAUAUUUCAAAUCCUCUUUGGAUCGUAAACUACUUGAGCUCUUGUGGAAUAAAUACUGGGUGAACACCCUGAGUUCCUCUAGCUUGCUUACCAAUGCUGACUAUACCACAGGCCAGGUGUUUGAUCUGUCUGAGAAGUUAGAGCAGUCGGAAGCCCAGCUGGGGCGUGGGAGUUUCAUGUUGGGUUUAGAAACACAUGACCGCAAGUCAGAAGACAAACUUGCCAAAGCUACGAGAGACAGCUGUAAAACCACCAUAGAAGCCAUCCAUGGACUGAUGUCUCAGGUUAUUAAGGAUAAACUGUUUAAUCAAAUUAACGUUGCUUAGUUACUGCUGAGUACUCUUCCUCAGAGCUGGCGUGCGGAAGGAGAAGAAGCUCAAGGAACAUUCUAACCCAGUUACCAGAACUCAGAUAGAAGACUAAGGUGCUGUGUGACGUCCUGAGUAUUAGCACUGUAAUAAAACUGUCACAUGAAA